AUGCUGCUCCCAUCCAUCUGGAAUAUCAGCCUCUUGCUCCUCGGGAUCCUGAGCACAUUCACCCCCAUCCUCAAUGCCUACGACCUCUCGCGGCCGCUACAAGCCCAGGGCCCCCUGGGCGUGACCCUCGACUACUCCCUGGCAAUGCUGUGGCCGGAGGGAGUGAAGCCCGAGGACACGAGCAGCCCGCGGCACUGGGCAUUCAGCAGCCACCUCGUGUUCCGAGAACCCGUCGAGUCCAUCACGGACGGGCAGCUGUGGAAGAUUGCGCGCGACGCCGCGACGGAGAUGGAGGCCGACCUGCGCCAGUACGGCAUCUCGGCCAAGCGCAUGCCGAGUGCGAUGGGGAUCUUAGCGUGGGAUAAACACAUCAUCCUUGCGUCGUCGCAGACGGGCCAGAAGUCGUUUACGUACGACUAUAAGGAUACGCCCGUCCUGCAGAGUCUGAGGCUCUGCCAGAUCGCCUGGAGGGACGAGGCGCCGUCGGGCACCGACUCCGAGCACAGAACGCAGGGUAAGUGUGCUGAGCAGAUCAGUGCGCACAUGUACUAUCUUCUUGGCUGGGAGCUGCCACUGCAGGUCCAAAACGCAAGAGUUGGGGUAUGGGUCCGGAACGGGAAAGGGGAGUGGGGACAGCGCGAUCCUUGCGGUGAUCCGAGGCGGGAUAGUUGGGGAUGUAAUCUGUUCACCGUCGAUCAGAAAUGGCAGGUGUUGGGGAGUGAUAUCCAGGAAGAAUCCUACGAUCUGGCAUCUCUUGCAGGAGGGAUUGAGACGAGAAACCAGAUCCAGCUGUGUUCGUCAAUCAGGGAGGAUUCGGCUCCACCGCUUUGA